GUGCGGCGCGGUCGUGCAGUCAUGAGAGACGAACAGUCACGUGCAUGAAGCCAGGCGACACUGUGCAACAUGAUGCUGCGUCCCGUCCAGCAAGCAGCCAUGCCGCACGGCGACGAACUGUGGCGUCUGGGUAACCACCAAGUGGUCUCAGUGCACGUCGACGUGCGAUAGAGGCAUACAGUUCCGUAAGGUGCUGUGUAAGCAUGGCACAACAUGUGACCGCUCAUCUCAGCCACGCGCCCUGCAGGCGUGUAACCUGGGACAGUGUCCACCGGAUAGCCUUGAUUUUCUGACGAAGCCCGUGGAAAAGACUAUUGAAUUGCUGGAGACGGGGAGCGGGGAGAAAUUACAAGACAUCACAGGUCUCAGUGACGAUCCUGUAGUAAUUGUCCGCCAGCUAGAGGAGGAAGAGGAAAUGAAGUACGUGGCGGUUACGGUUUCAGUAGAUGCAACCGGCGGAGAGCAAAAGGUAUUUAUGGAAAAGGAGACAGAAGAGGGACAAGAAAAAGCAAAAGAAGAAAACGAAGAAGAAAAAGAAGAAGAGGAAGAAGAAGAGAAAGAGGAUGCCCAAGAGAAGAAAGGACCGGAGCAAGAUGCGAAAGAGAGCCAAGAAAAGACACGAGCAGAAGACAGCGAAGAGAAGAGUCAAGACAAGGCACAAGACAAUGAAGGCCAACGGAAGGAGAAAACAGAAAAGCAUGAGCAAGAUGUGCACGCGGGGGCAACAGAGGAAGAAGAUGAGGAAGAGCUGCAGCCGCUAGACGAACCUACUGAAUCAGGAAGCCACGCACACGGCACACGGCGGCGCCACGGUCGCGGCGACAAGCCACCGCGUGAGAUCGUGCGCGACGACUUCUACUCAGAGUUUCUCAUCGCCGACGUCGAUGCCAACGGCAAGAUCGUGGUACACACAGAGGGCGCCACUGGUCACAAAAUGGCGGCCGAUGCCAGACGCCUCGAGCAGGCGAUUGAACGCGCGCAGGCGCAGCUAGACGCAGUAAGUCGGCGCGCGUCGCCGGCGCCCUCUGACGGGGAUUCGGGAGGUGCUGACGAGGGCGGUGACGACAUUCCUGCCCGGCUGCCCACGUGGAGCGUCGGCAACUGGAGUGAGUGUUCUAGUCCAUGUGGUGGAGGCACGCAAUCCCGCUCCGUAGACUGCAUCGAUGAGACUUCGGGCACGCCGCUGCCGCUACGGCAGUGCGAGAAGCUGGAGCAACCCACGGAGAGACGUGACUGCAGUCUAUGUCUGGACUGGGUGAUGACCAACUGGACGACGUGUUCAGUGACUUGUGGAGGCGGCUCGCGACUGCGACAGGUUUUCUGCCCCAGAGAGGGUCACUGUGACGAGGGCGCCAGACCGGCUGUGGAACAUCCCUGCAGCAUGCGGACGUGCGUGGACUGGGUCGCUGGACCCUGGAGUCAGUGUUCCCUGACGUGCGGCGACGGCACACGGAAACGUCAUGUCCGGUGCGUCGAUCUGACCAAUGACGAGCCAGCGGGUGGCUGUGAUACAGACAGCAGGCCAGCCACCAUGCAGAGCUGUAACACGCGCGAUUGUCCUCAGACGAAGCAAGCCCUGCGCUCGUGCCAUGACAUGCUGGGAGCGACCUCUUGCGGCGCCCUGAAACACAUGUGCAGCACUCACUACUUCCGCGUCAGAUGCUGCGCCACCUGCCUGGCGCAGACCGUGGCGCCCCCGCACGGGGGAGGCUAGUCCUGCGGAGCCCCGUUACGGCGCGACCCCUAGCGGUGACGCGCCGCACUACACACUUGACGAAACGGGAGAACGUGAGAAAGGGAAGCCUCGCUGUGCUUCGAUGCUUGCUUCUCCGUAUAUAACCGAGAGAGCUGUUCGCAAUAGCAGGCGCUGGUAGUGAUCGCAUCACGCGAGCUAUAGAUGCCUACCACAUUGCCGAGAUACUAUCACAGAUACUCAGUUACUAUUCACCCAGCUGAUUUCUCGAUGAAGGUCGUUUAUACGUAUAUAGUUACGCUUCACUUUCCUCGUACGACGCGGUGUACAGCGGAGAAGUAUAGCGGUUUGCAGCACCGCCCUGAACUAUAUAUAAUUGGUAGGUAUAAUGCAGGCUUCCUCUAUGCUCGUUUCUCGUCAUAUGUACGGACUCUUCUCAUCCCGGGGAUAUCCCCGAUAGGUUAUCUGGGGAGGUUAGCCAUUCGUGACGUCAUCGGUCUCGUUUGUCGGCGUGCACGUGACUCGUGCGACGAGGUCACUCGUGGUCACCUAUGUUCAGAUCGGGCGAUUAAUGACGAGGGUUUAAUUAAUAAAUAUUAAUUGGCAUUAUUUUCAUCGGCAGCUAUUUCUAUAUUGACGAGGGUUUAAAUGCCUACCUGCUCGCGGGAAUAUAACAGUUCCUACACGCACCGCGUAUUUUAGUGCUAAUGACCUGAAAUAUACCUACUUAUGUAUGCAGUACUAAAUACAACUUGUAUACACAGUUUUUCAGUACUAAACACUGCUUAUAUCGACACGUAUGCAGUACUAAAAACAGGUGAUGCGCCAACUUGUGCGCGGUACUAAAGACGGCUUAAAAACACAAAUUUCCCUAAAGACAGGUUAUUCAUACGCGUACGUGGUGAUCACCGUACUCAAGACUGUUUAUGUAUACUUUUAAGCACCACUAAUGAUGGCUUAUGAACAUUCGUACGCGGUACUAAAAACUGGUCGUAUUUCAACUUGUACACGGUGUUAAAUACGGCGUGUGCACAUUACUGCAUGCGUACUGAUGACGACUUGUCUUGAUCUGUAUGUAGCACCAAACACGUAUCUAAACCUAAUGGGUACGUGUACCAAAUACUUACUUGUACUAAACGCGUACUUGUGCUAAAUACGUACACAAACUAUACACGUAUCCGUACCAAAUAUUUAUCCGCAAUAAACACGUACCCGUACUAAACACGUACCUGUACUAAACACGUACCUGUGCUAAAUACGUACCUGUGCUAAAUACAUACCUGUGCUAAAUACGUACCUGUGCUAAAUACGUACCGAACUAAACAUGUACCUUUACUAAACACGUAUAUUUACCCAUGCGCGGUGAGCUCGUGAGGCCUGCUUGCAUCUUACGUCACACAUGGCGUCAACACCUUACAGUUCAUGUGAAACACCGCUAUUCGAAUAACAUAUUAUCAGGAGUCUAUCAAUAUAUUAAUAGACUCCUGAUAUUAUGUGAUAUCUAUAUUCGCGCGUACGUACAAACUAACGCUCCACGAUUUCAGCUUUCCUCAGCGCCUUUGAUUACUACUAUUUUUCGAUGCAUGUUCACGAGCCGAGCGCGCGUGUGUUGGUAUCGGAAGGGUAACACGCGUCACGAAGGUGAGGUUGUGAUAUUCACGCGCGCGAGUCACGCGUGAAUGCGCUCGUCUGUCGUAAUGCGACGAGGAAAUAUUUUAUGCCAUCUACUGUCGUAAUAAUAAAUAUAUUCAUAUAAACCA